AUGUGUAGGCCUACCGUUGGUGUGGUGGGAGUUGCAUCGCCAAGUCUUUCAGUGCCGCCCGAGACAGCGAUCGGAGAUGCCACGCACCUCCUCGUCUUUGCCUCCUCCGCGUUGGCAGAACAGCGGACGCCACGAGCUGCUGAGAUCACCGACACCGAAUCUCGAGUAUCAGGGAUCAGCUUUACGGACCUCGAUCUGGAUAUGCAAGAUCUCUCGGGGGAUGUGAGCUGGCUCCAGCCCACCUCGCGAGACUUUGUGUCGACAUACGUAAUCUACCUCGCCUUUGAUCCAGUUGGGUCCGGCCGGUCGCAGCUGAAUGAAGUUCCAUUGGACACGAACCUGAUUACCAUUCCGCCGGACACGAAGUCUGGCAAUCGGCAGUUCCUUCUCGUCUACGCGAAGUCUGUUCUGGCGGAGCAGACGACGCCUGCUUCCUUUGCCAUCUCAGACGUCGUUGCCAUGGCGUCGAACGUCACCUUUGAAGACUUCGACCUCGAUGCAUCAGACAUCGGUGGAAAUCUCACUUGGGUCGCAGCGGAAAAUGAGGCAUACGUGCAGCACUACGUGGUGUACCUGGCAAUCAGCUGCAACAUCUCGAACUCUUCCGAGGCGGCGACGCUGCUGAGCGGCUCCGCGGCGCUGACCGUGGAAGGCCCUCUGCAGAGCUCGGGUGCGUAG